CAUUUCCUCUGUCCUCGCCGUUUUCACUUGUUCCGUAUUGUCGCUGUCUGCUCACGGCGACGGCAGGUUUUGUUCCGUGCAUCCAGCACAGUUCUAAGGAGGCAGCGCUAGCUCGGCUGCGCACGAUUUCACGCUUUGCGGUGUAGAGCACAGCCGCUGUGUGGUCAGUUUAUCUUCUUGCGAUAACGAAGGUGGCAGCCUUCGAAGAUGAUAGUUCAAAACGCGAUGGCAAGAAGCAACAGGAACUUGGCGAGCGAGGCCCCCAUUGACAACCUCGUCAGAAGCUACGAAGCCCGAUCAAUAGAUUAGUGCGUCUGACCGUGCGGCUUUUCGGGGGCCCUUCGUUCGUUGAGGCUCGGCUGUUUUGGGCGACAUCCACAGAAGCGGGAAGCUUCCCUCGAAGGUCGCCGGCCUAGCCUGUGGCUCGUCUGACCGGUCACAAUGAACAAAAGCACAAUAGCGUGUUGCCGCCCUUGGAUUAAUAUGCCCAAGUCGCGCUGGCUGCUCUUUUCAGUCAAGUAGAUGGAGGGGGCUGGCACGCAAACGCCUGUCACCAGGCACAGCAGCCCGCCCCAAGUCAGACGCUUGUCGCUUUCCAGAGCUAUAAUACCCCGACUUUUGCAGCCGACAAUCGGGAUCAAGUACACCCUUCUAGACGAGCGGGACAUUGCCCUUGUGCAGGAGUACUCCUUUGAAGCCCGUGUGGAAGUUGAUAAAGACGGCAAUGGCGCUCAAAUCUGUGCCUAUGCUUACCAGAUGGACCGCGGAAGAAGUUCGGGGCAGUACUUGCACAACCUACUCUGGGAACGCCACUAUGGAGGCAUAGCUCCAGGGUUCCACGUGGUGCACCGCAACGGAAUUGCAAUGGACAAUCGUCUCGAAAACCUUGCCUUAACAGUGAUAGAUGGCAUGGCUCCCCAUCGAAUUGCACUAGGAGCGGUCCCAGUUCUUCAACCUCCUAAGCAGCGGGAGCAGACACUCUACUGGGCUGCCAUACAGCAACUCCCUCCAGAGCACCUAGCAGAACAGUUUCCAGACUCAUCAGCAACUAAGUAUUACAAUGCCAAUGGUGAAGUCAUAGAAGAAGAAGAAGAGGGAGCCUGUUACUACGAGUGCCACUAUCCGCCCUGUACCAACUUGGAGAGGGAGCCGCGGGAGUUCAGUAUUUGCGGUAGGUGCCAAGCGGCGCGCUACUGUGGCCUCUUCUGCCAGCAGCGCGACUGGCCCCUCCACAAGCGCCACUGCCGUCCGCGGCCACGGGCACACCACGAGCGGCCUCCGGAACGAUGACACCCUCUCGACCAGCUGCCUUCUACCUAUAGUGGUGCUCUGUUCGGUUAGGGCAUGCUUCGGAUGUGGUGAGGAGUGGUGGUGAUCCCUUCGUACCCUGCCCCCGGGGGACUGAGUAGCGUGUCGGAUGUCGGUAGCAGGGUGCAUGCAGUUAAGUACAAGCGCAUAAGUUAACUACGCGUUUCUCUGGAAAGGAUUGUGUUCAGUAGCACCUGCUCAGGGGGGACAGUUACCUGUGUCAACCAGUUGAAUUUCAACGUUUGAUGUUAGUUUUAAUGGUUUUAUAUAUUGAUUGUUGAUGUUUUAAAACAUGCCUCGCAGCUGGGGUACUACCAGAUCUCGUGUUUUCGCUAAAGACUGCCAGCUUUUUUGCUUUUUUUUUUUUUUCUGGACUUAUAACACUCGUAGCAUUUGGAGACCUCACAAGCCCCCUUUUGAGAAAGCACUAAAAUGUUUUUUACUGUGAAGGAUUGUUAUUGAGUAACGGGGAAAAUGGCAAUAAGAUAGGAACCUUGCAUGUCUUGCACAGUAUUUGUGGUUGAACGAGUGAUGCUCCCUGCAUUGUAUGGCACGGAAGGUCUAAUCUGGACUCUGCGGAGAAUGCUAACGGUGCAGUCAUUUCCAGUAUUACAGGUGUUGUUCGAAAAAAUUCCAGUCCUGGUGCUAACUGCUGUCACUUGGUUGCACUGAAAUGUCUUGGAGUGUGGCCACCCACCCACUGUUGUUUGCUGUUUCACAGUCCCCUUGCUCCUUUCUAGCGAAUGCACUCAAUUUGCUAAUUUAAAAUGAUGCUCCUGCAAUAAGGGGAACAUUACAGGGUCCCAAUAAAUUGCCAUUUUAUUAAGAGUCUAACCAUUGCCAAGUUUGGGAACGUGCCAGGUGGAGACUUUAUUAGAGGCUGGGACUGAGGGUGGUACCGCUCUAAUAUGUUUAGUGUGCACGUGCCUUCCUGUCUUUGUUUUGGCGUCCUUUAAUUGUAUGCGUCACUCACACCUGCCGUGGUGAUAAGGUUCGUUCUGGUCAAGAAUGUCAGUUUGUGAGAUUUCCCCGAAUGAUAACUUUGCACAAACUCUCCAUGGGAUCCACCAGGUUGAAGUUGUGACAUGUGAGGUUAUUGGCUGUGAAGGCCAAAGUGAAGGAUCCCAUCUUUGAAAUUAAGUGGCUUGUGCUUAAAAUCUGCAGCUGCUAUUCUGAUUAACGCGAGUAAUUGCAGGUAAUCGCUUGUAGGACGAGGCUUCCUCAUGCUUUUGUUUCAUGCUGAGCACUUGGAAUGUCAGUAGCGAUACAGAUGUCGCGUCGUACUGGCUACCGGAAACCUUUUUGGCUUGGAGUUCUGUAUGCGAGAUAGUUUUACUUUGGUGGUAUUAACUUCCGGCUGUUUGCACUGGUCUCAUUUUACAUGCACAUAGGUGAUUACAUGUUCCUUUUCGCGGCGCCACAAGUCUGGCGUCCUUUUUAAUUGCUGUGGUAACUGUGAACGUUCUAGUCUUUUCUUUGUAUAACUAGUACAGUUGCGCAAAGCAUUCCAGCCGGUGUGGCGAAAAGUGUUUGGCUCGGCUGUUCGUCAUCGGCACUUGAGCUAUGCAUGGCUUUUCUAUACUUUUAUUGAUCACGUUUAUUUAUUACCAUAGCUGCUGCUCAUGUUAUGUGAACGGCAUUAACCGCAUGUGUUGUGCUUUCUCUGGCAUGCUGCUGUUUCUCAUUCAGGUGUACAGUUAUCAUUCAUAUUUUACUAUGUGCCUACAGGGUUUGCAGCCUUCUUUUGUAUAUAUUGAUCUGUGUUCUGUUCAAUUUUUGGACCAGCAUGUUUGACACUUUUGGUGGACUUCAAAGCAUACUGUACAGCAGGCACACUGAAGGGGUCUGGGGGGAGAAUGUUGUCAUUCAGUCACAAAAUAGGAUGCCUAGGGUAGACAUGUGAAAUUAAAAGUUUGACAUGAAAA